UUUAAGAACCUGCUAUAUCCGGUAACAUAUGAAUGAAUAAUCAUUCAACAUCAUCCAUAAUAAUAAUAUAAAAACAACAGUUUCAAUUCAACCUCAUCGAUAUACAAACAUCGCUUCUAAAUUCCACCCACUACGAAGAUCGUGUCUCGUUCAUCUCUGACAAAAGAUGGCAGGAACUGAAGAUGAAGGGGAAAAGUCUUCUCGCAGUAAUGACUGGGAGGUUGUAUCUCUCACAGCAUCAACUUAUGCAGCUGCUCCUGGUCCACGUGAAGUUGAGUUGAAGGAUGAUGACAAGGAAGAUGCAUACGCAAUAAAUGAAGCUGAGACAUCGAACGCUUUGUUCAUGUCUGGUCACUUCGCCUUUCCACCAAGUAAGCAUGAAAACUUGCCAUUGGAAAAGGACUAUAGUGAGAUUCAGAAUGAAUCCGGAGACAAAGGUGUUGCCUUUGAAGAGACUUAUGAAGAAGCAUCCAAGCCUAGUGGAAAGGAUGAAGAAAACUUGACAUUAGAAGGAUUGGAUGUGUCAAAGGAGUUUGAGGAUAUGAAAUAUUAUGAUGAGAAAAUCAACAGAUUAUCUAUUCAUGGAAAACAGUUUGAGGAAGGUACAACUCUACCAGAUUUUGGUUUGACUGAAAAAGAGGAAAGUAUAUAUCAUAGCCCUGCAAAAUACACUUCUUUCCCCAGUGAAACAGACAUUGGUGCUGUGACAGCAUACAAUGAAAACGUAGUUGGGUCUGAAACAACCGAAUCAGCAGAGCAGGAGACAAAGGUAUCUCCUGAUGAUUUAUCACUGUCAAAUAACUCUUCCAAAGAUGACAAACAAAACCCUUCAGGUCUUCCUUGCGGAGCUUGGUGGAAGCGAGGAGUUGCCUCCAUAUAUGCUCAUGCAAAGGAGGCAAAUACAUUAUGGUCCGUUUUCAUUGCAGCAACAGUGAUGGGUUUGGUGAUGCUUGGUCAACGCUGGCGACAGGAAAAAGCUUUACAACUUAAGUGGCAAGUCAGUAUUUCUGAUGAGUGACCGUUUCCACAGGCAAGGAGCAGGAUGCUUUCUCCCAUGAUUCGACUCAAAGAUGUGAUUGUUGGUGGCCACCGCCGUGGCUCCUUGAUCAGAGAAAGCUCCUCCGCUGAAAUUUAAGGUAAAGGUGACUCGGUGAAGGUGACUCCUACCAUUAUGGUAAAAGGCUAAAAGCUAAGAUGAUGACGAAAAGUUGUAUGUCAGAGAGGUUGAGAAUGGGAAAUGUAACGUUUGUGAUGUGCAGGUUUGAUACUAGGAUUGCUUGACCUUUACCAAACUAUGAAUUCCGCUGUUCAAACAUUUUAUAUUGUGAAUUUUCUUGAUAUUUUCUUUGAUUUGCAUUGUAUAGCUAUCGAUGUUAUCCAACUUAUUAUGUAUUCCUGGCAUGUGGAAUUGGCAGUUUAGACACCAAAUAUCAUAUGUAAAUUAAGUUAAUGAAGUGAUUGUUUUGACGACGGAUGUUUA